AAGAAGCCAGUAUGAAUUAUGGACGCAUCAGACAAGACGUGACGAACCACCCAGGGUAAUUACCUGAGAUCUACCGCUGGGGCACGCUGCACCCUGUACAGUCGAGGGGCAGAGCAACGACUGUAGGAACCAUACACGGAUUCAGUGAGUGAAAGCAGCGAUCAACCUUUUACACAAGCUGAGGGAUGCCUGAUAUAUAGCCAGUCCGGUGAUAAUUUUUUGUUUACAUCUCCGCGACCCACAUAUGUGAUUACCAGGGAGGGACAGAUUUCACCCCCAACCCCUCCUUCUAUGAGGAUCCACGAGGGUCAGUGUGUUAAAAUCCCUAAACAACGGAGGCUUACAGUUCUUAAGGAAAAUGCAUAAGGUCCCCGCAGCUGAUUUAUCAACUGUCGAUCACCGGGGAUCGAUACCUAACCAUGGACCAUUCCUGGUCCCCGCCACUACAGGGGGACGGCGAUCGGCGGGGGGACCUUAGUUCUAAUCCUUCGACUCACGGCGUCCUCUCAAACAGCCUGAAUAGAGCUCAAGGUGUUAGGAAAUAGAAACAACUUGUAGAUAUGGACAGAGAUAAGGAAAUGGUUCUCGCCCAUUCCUCAUAUGCACGUGCAGCGGGAAUACAAAGCGAAAUUAACAAAGUCACGGUUACACGUGUGGCCGGGAGUGAGGUGGAAUACCAACGACAAAUGAACUUACAUCGAAAAAACAUGGAGUUUGUGGUAAGAAAUAUAAAAAAGGAACAGAACAAACUACGAAAAUCCAUAGCUAAAUAUUCCACGAAGCUUCGAGAGGGCAGACGUGACCGAGAAAAGAGAGAACAGGACGAAAAAAUCAGAGACCAGAGGAGUUCCGAUAACAUGAAACAUGUGUCCACCAUCUUUGUUGUGCGGGAUAAACCGGUGUUACCAAAUAUCCGGAAGAGUGAGCUCGAGCCCGACAACAUUUCUCCUGACAGCGGGAUAGGCGGCAGCGACGAUGGAAAGGCGCAAGACACGGAGGAAAAGAAACAACGCACAGAGGAGGGGUCUCAGAAAACAGUGAAAGAAAGAACCGACCUACAUUUGCCUUCCCUUGGUGCUCCGCUACCUUCCAUCAUGGAAGACAAUGAACAAAACGAGGAUGAUGAGUUGGAAAGGCGUGAAAACCUCAGCCAGGAUAUGACGCUUCCCGAAAUAUCUCUAAACAGAGAGCUUGAGACAAAAUUAGAAAGCCAUCUUAGAACAAUUAAACCCAAAAAACAAGGGGUGUCUUUCUCCGAUCUGAUUAAGCUGCAACACUCCACAAACACGAAGAAACUGUUUAACCUAGUGAAUAUUCUGGCUCAGAAACACGGACUAAAGGAUAUCGAGGAUAAACAUGAGAAGGAGAACAGGAACUCUAGCAUUCUCAGGGGAAGCACUGAAGAAUCAAUGUCACUUAAAGCGGCGUCCGUCUUGUACCCGAUGAAAUAUGGAUACGAUUCCGGAACAGAGUCUGAGAUCUCGAUCCCGAUGCUUGAAGGUGAGCGACUGUCUAUGUUUGACGGACAGGAAAACAAUGUGGAUGUUUCUAGUGCAAACAACAGCCAUAGGGUAGACACCGCUUCUCCUGAGAAGCUGGAUUCUCCCCUGUCACCGUUGCGAUCACGUGAUCCCACAGUGUUGUCACCGUCAGGGAGGAGCAGAAGGCGGAACAAAAGCCUCCCCAUGCUGAUGGACGAAGCCCAGAGUCUAAAGUUCAUGAGCAGCCUCGGUGUAUCCGAUGAACCAAAACGAGGCCUGUCUUCCGUCAAGUCUCCCAAAUCCAGAGUCCUACCUCCGAUCCCGAAGCAGAAGUCCGAGGACACUUAUCUAACGCGAUCCCAGAGAAGUAACUCAAUUUCCUGGACUGCGGCAUUUGGUUUGUUGAAGGGAGUCCAUAGUCUGCUGGAGCAGUGAGUGCUAACGAUACAAUGUCUACAGAAUUGGUGCUGCAUGAUUUUACCUCAGGCAACUGAAGACUACCGGUGUUUAAGAAAUUGUAAAGUUUGAAAUUUCUAUAGACUGUUUUGACUUGUGUUUGUUACAUGUACGGAGGGGGAUACACUGGGCCGGUACAUUGUAUCCUUUUGUAUAUUACGAGAGGCGGUAUGUUUUGUUCUUUCAAAUGUUUAAGUUAUUGUUUAUUUAUUUCUUAGAAAACGGUUAAGUCGUUCCUUUUAAGAUUAAAGUAAGAUAUCUAUAAGACCCAAGUGAA